UCGCGAGCGAGUUGGAGGGGAGACGCGGAGUGAAAAAAAAUACUUGUAUCUCACACGUUUUCCAUUCAAUGAACCGUGUUUUGUAUAAUGUCCGAUAAUGUCCAUUUCUGGAACUCUGAGCAACUAUUAUGUGGACUCUAUUAUAAGUCACGAGAGCGAAGAUUCGACAUCAGCAAGGUUUUCCAAUGUACAAUACUCCAAUACCAGGCAGCCGGGGGUUCACGGUGAGCAUCCCGAGUAUCCUUCUUGUAGCUUUCAACCUAAACCUCCCGUUUUCAGCUCGUCCUGGAGUCCCUUCAGCCCCCACACUUCAAAUGGGCUUCCCGCGGUCUACCAUCCUUACAUUCCGGCUCAGCCCGUGCCUUCCACGGAUACCCGAUAUCUCCGCACUUGGCUGGACUGCGCCCCGCGCCCCGAAUCCCUCCCGGGGCAGGGGCAGGUCAAGAUGGAGCCGUUACUGGGACACCUCGGCGAGCCCCCCAAAAUCGGUGGACAUGAGUAUAUUUUGGAGUCUUCUUCGGCGAGAGAGAUGAAUUCCGGCCCAGGCACCGGAUUCGAAGACAAUAAGGACAUUUGUGAAGGUAACGAGGACAAAGAAGGGCCAGAUCAAAGUGACCCCUCUGCUAACUGGUUGCAUGCCCGGUCUUCUCGGAAGAAGCGGUGCCCCUACACAAAAUAUCAAACCCUCGAGCUCGAGAAAGAGUUCCUCUUUAACAUGUACCUCACGCGUGACAGAAGGCACGAGGUGGCGCGCUUGCUGAACUUGACGGAGAGACAAGUCAAAAUAUGGUUCCAAAACCGUCGGAUGAAAAUGAAGAAAAUGAAUAAGGACCAACCCAAGGAAUAAAGAGAGACUUUAAUGAGAGCAAAACCUCCAUUACAGAAAGCCUGCUUUUCCCGGACUUAUGCCCUAAAAUGAACUGUAUUUUACUAAGCAGGGACGCAAAGCGCUUGUUUAUUACGCUGUAUUUUUCAUAUCCAAGUCAAAAACACACACGUUGACAUUACGGAAGGGCGGACCAAGAGAAAGAGCCCCCUUUCAGUGUAGAGAGGAGUGACCGACGAUUCUUUUGCAAGCACUACUUUUAUUGCUUAUUUAUUGCUUUACGCAUGACACCAACGCUUCAUCAGGAGCGAGAAAAAGGUGCUGAAACGUCGGUUUCAUGUGAUCAUUAAUAAAUAAGAAGAACCGUUGGUGUUAAAUAUGUGUGCGACGUGAAUUUUAUUCAGUUUUGUUUAUUUGUUCCAUUCCUCCUUUGAAAUCCCAAGAUAGGAUUGGGGAUGUUGACUAAGGGAAAUGUUUUCAUAAUAUUAUGGGAUCAGUUGUGGGACCCUGAUCAAGAACAGACCUGCCAUGUUUCUGUGUGAUUCAAUUACAAAAGACAUCACAAUGAAUUUGUGAUAUUAAUAAAUAUAAUUUGUAUUAUGAAUAGGAUAAGGUUAUUGAUCUUGCCUUUAGUGUGUUCUUCCUAUUUGUCUAAUUUUCAUUUGUGUAAUUAUGAUUAUUAUCUUAAUAGUAGCCUAGCCAACACCCUUUCACUUAUCAAAGUCACAAAACAUCGUGUCUAAUUGAAGUUAUUUAUUUGUAGACUUAUGAAACCAUAACCCAUAAUUGUACGAGCCUAUUCCUUCUUUUUUAGAGUGUAGUUAUAUCUGAAAUUAAUUGUGGGUUAAAAGUAACGUUUACAAGUGUCCCACUCCGAAUGCAUGUUCUUACCAGUAUAUCGAGAGGUGGAGAUAUAGCUUACACCAACAUUGUUUACCUGUGACUAUUGCUACAAAUGUAUUUUGGGGUCUGAUUGUUAAACCAUAAUACGUGUAAUGGUAAAUAGGCUGUAGAACAUCACAAACAACUGGGUACCGUUUUAAGAUGGGCCCCCAUUUGCGUCAGGGAAUUUCGAUAAUUAAUACGGUCAUGGCCGUGAGCCACGAUUCAAGCAUAGGCCCACAUUGGGCACACACCCCUCCAUAAACAAACAACCCUAGAAGUUAUCUGAUUUUAAAUAACUGUCCCGAACAUAGCUGAAAUGUGUUUUUAUCUUCACGGAACACUUUCAGAUGGUUCUAUAGGCUUACAAACAGUUCUAGGCUAAAGUUUUGAUUUAGAUUUAAUGUGUGUCUAUCCAUAGGCUAAAGACGGGAAAGGCUCACAACAGUUUGAUUUCCAAUUCAAGUAGUUGUAAGUGAAUAGUCACCCAUUCAAAGGACUUUGUCAAAUACUCAUAAUAUGCUUUAGUAACUGCAAAAUAUAUAGGCCUAGUUCUUUUUUUAUUUUUGAACCAAGAUGUCACAUUGUCCAAUGUCCAGAGUAAAAAUGUUUACAUGGUUUGCGCAUGCCGAUUAUCCUAAAACGACAUUUAGUUUUGUAGUUAUGUUUGUGUGUUUAAGAUAUGAAAUGUAUCCAAAUAUGUUUUUGAAUGAUUUAUAAUUUAUUGUAAAUAUGUAAACCGUUAUUUUGAAUUUUAAGUCAAAAAAAGUAUAGGCCUACGUUGGUAAGAUGUGACAUCAGACUGUAGCCUUAUUAACAGAUUUAUAGACGUCGUUUUACAUGUUUGAGAUAUUGUUUACAUGUUGUUUAGAAUAUGUGAGAGGUUACUGAUUUAGCAGUUGUCGAUAUUCCAUUAUGUCUACUUAUUUGAAGGCUGUACAAAUACUGUUUCACGAGAUGUUAUUAUGCCGACUUUAUAGGUAUUCUAAAUUAUAGCUGAAAUGUUUUCGAGGCCGUAUGUAGCCUAUGGAGCUUGGUGGCAAUUAGAUCUCAAGAAUACUCGCGCUCAAGCUUUCAUCUCACGUAUCAUCUCAACUGGAAAUUUCUCUUUUAAUAACAGCUGCAGGAUCUGCCGACUGAUUCCACAAUCGCCUCUCCUCCAAUUGCUUGUUUUAUAUAUAUAUAUAAAAUUACCCUGUUGUGUCCCCUCAUGUAAAU